GAAUCGCUGGUUUAAGUGGGUGACGAAGAAGCGGGCCCUUGCCGCUCUGUCUCGCGCUCUCUCGGGCAACAUGGCGGGCGUGGCGGAGGGAGCGACCACCGGGAGCCACUUGAAUGGCGACUUGGACCCGGACGACAGGGAGGAGGGAGCUGCCUCUACGAAUGAGGAGGCAGCCAAGAAAAAAAGACGGAAGAAGAAGAAGAGUAAAGGGGCUGCUGCAGGGCAAGAAACUGAUAAAGAAUCAGGAGCUUCAGUUGAUGAGGUAGGAAGACAGUUGGAAAGACAAGCAUUGGAAGAGAAAGAAAGAGAUGAUGAUGAUGAAGAUGGAGAUGGUGAUGGAGAUGGAGCAGCUGGAAAAAAGAAGAAAAAGAAGAAGAAGAAGAAAGGACCAAAAGUUCAAACAGACCCUCCCUCAGUUCCAAUAUGUGACCUGUAUCCUAAUGGUGUAUUUCCCAAAGGACAAGAGUGCGAGUACCCGCCCACACAAGAUGGGAGAACAGCUGCUUGGAGAAUUACAAGUGAAGAAAAGAAAGCAUUAGAUCAAGCUAGUGAAGAGAUUUGGAAUGAUUUUCGAGAAGCUGCAGAAGCACAUCGACAAGUUAGAAAAUAUGUUAUGAGCUGGAUCAAGCCUGGGAUGACAAUGAUAGAAAUCUGUGAAAAGUUGGAAGACUGUUCACGCAAGCUAAUAAAAGAGAAUGGCUUAAAUGCAGGUUUGGCAUUUCCUACUGGGUGUUCGCUCAAUAACUGUGCAGCCCAUUAUACUCCCAAUGCUGGUGACACUACAGUAUUACAGUACGAUGACAUCUGUAAGAUAGACUUUGGAACACAUAUAAGUGGUAGGAUUAUUGACUGUGCUUUUACUGUCACUUUUAAUCCCAAAUAUGAUAUGUUAUUGAAAGCUGUAAAAGAUGCCACUAACACUGGAAUAAAGUGUGCUGGAAUUGAUGUUCGUCUAUGUGACGUUGGUGAGGCCAUCCAAGAAGUUAUGGAAUCCUAUGAAGUUGAAAUAGAUGGGAAGACAUACCAAGUGAAACCAAUCCGUAAUCUAAAUGGACAUUCCAUUGGGCCAUACAGAAUACAUGCUGGGAAAACAGUGCCCAUUGUGAAAGGAGGAGAGGCAACAAGGAUGGAGGAGGGAGAAGUGUAUGCCAUUGAAACCUUUGGUAGCACAGGAAAAGGUGUGGUUCAUGAUGAUAUGGAAUGUUCCCAUUACAUGAAAAAUUUUGAUGUUGGACAUGUGCCAAUAAGGCUUCCAAGAACAAAACACUUGUUAAAUGUCAUCAACGAAAACUUUGGCACCCUUGCCUUCUGCCGCAGAUGGCUGGAUCGCUUGGGAGAAAGUAAAUACUUGAUGGCUCUGAAGAAUCUGUGUGACUUGGGCAUUGUAGAUCCGUACCCACCAUUGUGUGACAUUAAAGGAUCAUAUACAGCGCAAUUUGAACAUACCAUACUCUUGCGUCCAACAUGUAAAGAAGUUGUCAGCAGAGGAGAUGAUUAUUAAACUUAGUUCAAAAGCCACCUCAACACCUUUAUUUUCUAAGCUUUGUUGGAAUACAUUAUACCAGAUUUAAUGUGCAACAUAUCGUCUGUUUUAACGGUGGACCUAUGUAAUACUUUUAUCCAUGUUUAAAAAGGAAAAAAUUUGAUCAAAGUCAAACCUUCUAAUGUAAUUAAGUUAACCAAGGAAAAAGCUUUCAGGACUUUCAGAAACGUUAACUGUUUUUUUCCGCCAUCUGGGAAAAUGCUAUAAAGCUCAAAUUAGUUAGGAAUGAGUAACACAUUUUGUUUGAACACUUAAGAGAUGCUUUUCAGAUAUUUAUAUUACCAUAUUCCUACUUGGAUGCUUUGAGUGACUACAACCAAUUCUGCACCUAUACCCUCUGGUAUUGCUUUUUAACCUCCUGAAAUCCAUUUUCUAAAAAAUAAAGACAUUUUCAGAUCUGA